CACUAUGAAGACCAGCAGCUUCUUUGUCUUGGUGGCGCUCCUCAUCUUUGGGACGCUAGCGGUAGAGGCAGCUGUCCUGGGAGUUCCCGUUAAAGGUCAAGACACUCUAAAAGAUCAUGUUCCAUUCAAAGGACAAGAUCCUGCUAAAGGACAAGUUUCAGUUAAAGGCCAAGGUCCAGUCAAGGAACAAGGUUCAGUCAAGGGGCCAGUUUCCACUAAGCCUGGCUCCUGCCCCAAUAUUCUGAUACGCUGCGCCAUGCUGAAUCCUCCUAACCGCUGUGGGAGCGACGCUGACUGCUCAGGAAACAAGAAGUGCUGUGUAGGCCCCUGUGGGAUGGCCUGUCUGAACCCCCAGUGAGAGCCUGUCCUCGCUGCACCUGUGAAGGCCCUGAGGCUGCAGCCCCGUCUGCCUCUGGAUUUCUGAAGCACUGCCCUCUCCCACACUCCCCAUCUUUCCUUUCAUUCAGGAUGCCCAUGCCUGGGCUGCCUCUCUUAGCCACUUUCCAAUAAAAAGACACCUUUCUGCUCCA